AGGAACCUCUAAGCCGAAGUCAAAACAGAGGAAGAAAAAAAAAAACCUUAUCUAGCAAAUGGCUACUUCCACUUUCGUCUCUCUACCAAAACCCUUCUUCGCUUUUCCGGUGAAAACCAACACUCCUGCUCUAGCUAACCACAAGCUUCUCGGAAGCCGAAGAGGUUGUCUCAGAGUCAAAGCGGUUUCAACUAAAUGGGAACCGACAAAGGUACUGUCUUUUUUUCCUUCUGUUUUAAUUUUAUCAGAAAAGUUGAAUUCAUUUCGUUUUUUUUUUUUGAAGGUUGUUCCUCAAGCAGACAGGGUUCUUGUUCGUCUUGAAGAGCUUGCUCAGACAACCUCAGGUGGAGUGUUGUUGCCUAAAGCAGCUGUUAAGUUUGAGAGGUACCUAACCGGAGAGGUUGUCUCUGUUGGUUCUGAGGUGGGACAACAAGUUGGCCCUGGAAAGAAGGUUCUGUUCUCUGACGUGAGCGCAUAUGAGGUCGAUUUGGGGACCGGUGCUAGGCAUUGCUUUUGCAAAGAGAGCGACCUGUUGGCUCUCGUGGAGUAGAGUUCUCGUCAAAUGUUUUCUUGAAGUUUUUUAGUUGCUUGCUGUAAUGUUCAGACUUUGUUUUUGUGACAAAACAAUGUUUCAUAUCAUUUGAAAUCAUUUCAGAAACAUAAAUAAUAAAAGAUCUUCAACUAGUUUAA